AUGAAUUGUAAAGUUGCUCUAUUCCUGAUAGUGGCUAUUGUAGCCGUCCAGGCUCUGCCUUGCCAGGAAUCUAGACCGAGACGCUGCGGGUACAGGUAUGGCUGCGGAGGCGGUCGAGGCAGGGGCUCUGGUGUGAGACGUCUCGAUUCAGGAGCAGAUGACAACCAAGGGCGAUCAUGUCUCGUCGGUGGAAGUGCAGAAUCAAAUGACGAGGACUCCGAUGAUCGUUUAUCAGUAAUCAAUAAUACUGAAGGCCACGCUACCAGCAGCAGCUUCGAUGAGCAAAGUUCUAGCGCUAGACAAAGCAGUAGCUCGUACCAGAGCCAGUCAUACAACAAAGAUUCUUCAAGUACCAAUGAAAGCAGUGAUGGAGGCUCUGGUUCGGGCAGAACCGGUUCAGCAGGAGAAAAUGGUGAGAAUUCCGACGACAGCAGUGGUGCGACAAAAGGAAAUAGCAGUAAAUCUUCCAGCAGUUCUCAAGGUCAAAGCGCAAGUAGUAGCAGCAGUGAUGAAAAAUCAUCUCAGAGCAGCAGUAAUAGUAGCAACAACAGUAAAUCAAGCAGCCAAUCUUCCAGUAGCCAAAACAGUUCUGGUUCUAAGGGCUCGGGAUCAGAAGAAAGCAGUAAUGGAGGCUCUGGUUCGGGAAGAACCGGUUCAGCGGGAGGAACUGAUGAGGAUUCCGACGACAGCAGUGGUGCGACAAAAGGAAAUAGCAGUAAGUCUUCCAGCAGUUCUCAAGGUCAAAGCGCAAGCAGUAGCAGCAGUGACGAAAACUCAUCUCAGAGCAGCAGUAAUAGUAGCAACAACAGUAAAUCAAGCAGCCAAUCUUCCAGUGGCCAAAACAGUUCUGGUUCUAAGGGCUCGGGAUCCGAAGAAAGCAGUAAUGGAGGCUCUGGUUCGGGAAGAAACGGUUCAGUGGGAGGAACUGAUGAGGAUUCCGACGACAGCAGUGGUGCGACAAAAGGAAAUAGCAGUAAAUCUUCCAGCAGCUCUCAAGGUCAAAGCGCAAGCAGUAGCAGCAGUGAUGAAAAAUCAUCUCAGAGCAGCAGUAAUAGUAGCAACAACAGUAAAUCAAGCAGCCAAUCUUCCAGUGGCCAAAACAGUUCUGGUUCUAAGGGCUCGGGAUCAGAAGAAAGCAGUAAUGGAGGCUCUGGUUCGGGAAGAAACGGUUCAGCGGGAGGAACUGAUGAGGAUUCCGACGACAGCAGUGGUGCGACAAAAGGAAAUAGCAGUAAGUCUUCCAGCAGUUCUCAAGGUCAAAGCGCAAGCAGUAGCAGCAGUGAUGAAAAAUCAUCUCAGAGCAGCAGUAAUAGUAGCAACAACAGUAAAUCAAGCAGCCAAUCUUCCAGUGGCCAAAACAGUUCUGGUUCUAAGGGCUCGGGAUCAGAAGAAAGCAGUAAUGGAGGCUCUGGUUCGGGAAGAAACGGUUCAGCGGGAGGAACUGAUGAGGAUUCCGACGACAGCAGUGGUGCGACAAAAGGAAAUAGCAGUAAGUCUUCCAGCAGUUCUCAAGGUCAAAGCGCAAGCAGUAGCAGCAGUGACGAAAAAUCAUCUCAGAGCAGCAGUAAUAGUAGCAACAACAGUAAAUCAAGCAGCCAAUCUUCCAGUGGCCAAAACAGUUCUGGUUCUAAGGGCUCGGGAUCAGAAGAAAGCAGUAAUGGAGGCUCUGGUUCGGGAAGAACCGGUUCAGCGGGAGAAACUGAUGAGGAUUCCGACGACAGCAGUGGUGCGACAAAAGGAAAUAGCAGUAAGUCUUCCAGCAGUUCUCAAGGUAAAAGUGCAAGCAGUAGCAGCAGUGACGAAAAAUCAUCUCAGAGUAGCAGUAAUAGUAGUAACAACAGUAAAUCAAGCAGUCAAUCUUCGAGUAGCAACAAUAGUUCUGGUUCUAAGGGCUCGGGAUCAGAAGAAAGCAGUAAUGGAGGCUCUGGUUCGGGAAGAACCGGUUCAGCGGGAGGAAGUGAUGAGGAUUCCGACGACAGCAGUGGUGCGACAAAAGGAAAUAGCAGUAAGUCUUCCAGCAGCUCUCAAGGUCAAAGCGCAAGCAGUAGCAGCAGUGACGAAAAAUCAUCACAGAGCAACAGUAAUAGUAGCAAUAACAGUAAAUCAAGUAGCCAAUCUUCGAGUAGCAACAACAGUUCUGGUUCUAAGGGCUCGGGAUCAGAAGAAAGCAGUAAUGGAGGCUCUGGUUCGGGAAGAACCGGUUCAGCGGGAGGAACUGAUGAGGAUUCCGAUGACAGCAGUGGUGCGACAAAAGGAAAUAGCAGUAAGUCUUCCAGCAGUUCUCAAGGUAAAAGCGCAAGCAGUAGCAGCAGUGACGAAAAAUCAUCUCAGAGCAGCAGUAAUAGUAGUAAUAACAGUAAAUCAAGCAGCCAAUCGUCCAGUAGCAAGAACAGUUCUGGUUCUAAGGGCUCGGGAUCAGAAGAAAGCAGUAAUGGAGGCUCUGGUUCGGGAAGAACCGGUUCAGCGGGAGGAACUGAUGAGGAUUCCGACGACAGCAGUGGUGCGACAAAAGGAAAUAGCAGUAAGUCUUCCAGCAGUUCUCAAGGUAAAAGCGCAAGCAGUAGCAGCAGUGACGAAAAAUCAUCUCAGAGUAACAGUAAUAGUAGUAACAACAGUAAAUCAAGCAGUCAAUCUUCGAGUAGUAAGAACAGUUCUGGUUCUAAGGGCUCGGGAUCAGAAGAAAGCAGUAAUGGAGGCUCUGGUUCGGGAAGAACCGGUUCAGCGGGAGGAACUGAUGAGGAUUCCGACGACAGCAGUGGUGCGACAAAAGGAAAUAGCAGUAAGUCUUCCAGCAGUUCUCAAGGUAAAAGCGCAAGCAGUAGCAGCAGUAACGAAAAAUCAUCUCAGAGUAGCAGUAAUAGUAGUAACAACAGUAAAUCAAGCAGUCAAUCUUCGAGUAGCAAGAACAGUUCUGGUUCUAAGGGCUCUGGAUCAAGUGAAAGUGGUGAUAAAAAGUCCAGUUCUCGAGGAAGUUCUGGUGACAACUCAGACGAUGACCAAACUGAUUCAGCCAGAUCAAAUAGUAAGCGUUCCACAAGCUCUGAUGCGUCCACUAAAAAAAGUUCGUCUAGAAAGAGCUCCAACCACCGUAGUAGCAGAAGUCAGCAAGCUCAUAGUAGCAGCAGUAAACAAGCCCAAAGCAGCAGUAGUCAACAAGCCCAAAAUAGCAGAAGUCAGCAAGCUCAUAGUAGCAGAAGUCAGCAAGCUCAUAGUAGCAGCAGUAAACAAGCCCAAAGCAGCAGUAGUAAACAAGCCCAAAGUAGCAGCAGUAAACAAGCCCAAAGCAGCAGUAGUAAACAAGCCCAAAGUAGCAGUAGUCAACAAGCCCAAAGUAGCAGAAGUCAGCAAGCUCAUAGUAGCAGAAGUCAGCAAGCUCAUAGUAGCAGCAGUAAACAAGCCCAAAGCAGCAGUAGUAAACAAGCCCAAAGUAGCAGCAGUAAACAAGCCCAAAGCAGCAGUAGUAAACAAGCCCAAAGCAGCAGUAGUCAACAAGCCCAAAGUAGCAGAAGUCAGCAAGCUCAUAGUAGCAGAAGUGAGACAGAUAGUAAGAGCAGUAAUAGUGGUGGCCAUUCUAAUCAUAGCAGUAGAACUGAACAAAAGAGCAGCGCAAAAGCAAUUUCAAGCAGUGAACAGUCACAGAAUUUCUCAAGCAGUUCACAGAAAUCUGCCGAGGCCGCUGAUGGAUCUGAAAGCACCCAGUCAGCAAGUGAAUACUCGAGCAGCCAAUCAAAGGCCAGUAGCAGUUUUAGCGCUUCGAGUGCCAGUGAAAGUUCUUCAUUAAGCAGCGACGUGAACUUCGAAGAGAAGACCGACUAA